GAACGCUUCGUGGGUGAGUUCUUCUCGGUCGCUGGAUCAGCUUUAUACUGCAUUUUUUAUGCAAACAUUUUGUUGGUGGCUGUUUCUGCAAUCAGCAUCUGCUUUGCCAUCGAGUUUCGUUCCUUCUUUAUUGAUGUAAGUACGUAUUGAAUUGGUACCAAUUUCAUUUGGUAUUUGAAUGGAAAAAUCAGGAAUGGCCGCGUCAGCAGCCAUGGAUCAAUUUGACAAAUCCAUGAAGAAACAAAUAGAAGCAAUUGCACGGGUUUUGCACUUAGUUAAAUCCUACAAAGAGGACUGUAUUUCGUGCAAAAUCGACGAGGGUCUGUAUUUGGGUUCCGUUGGCGCUGCAACUAACAAGUUUGCUUUGAAAAAGUUUAAUAUUACUCACAUUUUGACUGUGGCUGGUAAAUUGCCACCUGCACAUCCUGGGGAUUUUGUCUAUAAAGUUAUAGACGUUGCUGACAGAGAAGAUGUCAACUUAAAACAAUACUUCAAUGAGUGCUUUGAUUUUAUUGAUGAAGCCAGAAGACACGGUGGAGGUGUUUUGGUUCAUUGUUUUGCUGGAAGAUCAAGGAGUGUGACUGUAAUUGUGGCAUAUCUGAUGAAGACUCGUGGAAUGUGCUUUUCUGAAGCUCUGCGAUAUGUAGAGAGCAAACGACCAGCGGCAUCUCCCAAUCGCGGUUUCAUUGAUCAGUUGAAGGACUUCGAGAAAUCUCUUCAAGGUGCCCCUAAAUUGCAUUAGUCUUAUUUACAAUUGCAACCUGACUCGGUGCAUUAUUCCUCAAUGCACAUCAUAAAUCAUCUGCACAAAUGGUACAUUUACGUCUUAAAUAUAUUUCGAAUUGAUAAACAGCUAAAGCUAUCAAGAUACAUUUACGAUUGUACAAAACAUGAAAGAUCUUUUAUGUAAGGAAAUGAAAUUUGUAAUGAUAGUUUAAAGUAAAAGAAUUAACUUGUACACUGUUAAU